AGAGGAAAUCAGGAGUGAGGCCUUUUUGUGUAAAAGCUGCUUCAUCCUUUUUUUUUUUUUUUUUGUCCAAUUCCCUCCCAUUUGUGGAGGCAGUCUCUUCAUCGAUGCACACACCCAGAAAGAAACGAGCAAACACUUGCAGAGGAGGAAGUAGGUGCAGUCAGACUCUGUAGCUUCAUAUGUGCACCUCAGCGUGCAGCCUUAUGAUGGGACAGGAGAGAAGUGUAGGAGGGUGGGGGGGCUCAGCUGGAAACAACGUCAGAAUGACAGGAACAGGAAGCGGUGAGCACUGAGGCACCUAAACCAUGAGUUCUGCUGCGUUUCUCAGACCUCAGCCAUCCCAAAUGUUCAUUUAGCAGAUUUUCACUCGUAAGACUUAAAUCUGGAGGCAGCAUCUUCUGCCUCGUCCUGCCUGGCCCCUGUUUGACUUUGCUCAGAGGCAGAAAAUGACACAAAACGGUGCCGGGCCCGGCCAUGGCAACACAAAACAGGGAGAGGAACUUAAAAUUGUGAUAGUUGGGGACGGAGGCUGCGGGAAAACAUCUCUUCUGAUGGUUUACGCCAAAGGGGAUUUUCCAGAGAAAUACGCUCCAUCAGUGUUUGAAAAGUAUGUCAAAACCGUUUCUCUUGGAGGAAAAGAGAUUAAACUCAACCUGUACGACACAGCUGGACAGGACGACUACGACAGACUGCGGCCUCUUUCUUACCAGGAAGCCCAUCUGGUUUUAGUCUGUUUCGACGUCACCAACCCCACCAGCUUUGAGAAUGUUUCAAUAAAGUGGCAUCCAGAGGUGAGGCACUUCUGUGGGGACACGCCGGUGAUCCUGAUCGGCUGCAAGACUGACCUCAGGAAGGAUAAGGAGGGUACGAGGAGGCUGAAGGCCUUGAAUCUGGCUCCCAUAACCUACAUCCAGGGUGAGCAGACCCGGCAGCAGAUGAACGCGGAGCUCUACCUCGAGUGCUCGGCUAAAUAUCAGGAGAACGUGGAAGACGUUUUCCGGGAGGCGACAAAAAGAGCUCUGGCCUUCAGCCGUAAACAGAAGAACCACAAGCGGAAGAAGAAAUGUGUUGUUCUGUGAAGAUUAAAAAAUAAAUAAAAAAAUAGAAGGACUCUCCGGGUAUCCCACUUUAGCCACAAGGCGACUGCUGCUCAGGAUCUUCGCUCACAUUUGGAGUGGACAGAUGUGACCACUGGUCCCAGCCAGGCUUCCUUGAAUGACGCAACAGGAAAGACAAUUAUUCAAGUUGCAUACAACUUGAAACUUCUUUGAAUGUCACUUUUAUUCUUUUUGUAAAACAGUAUUUUGCACUGUAUGUAAAUGACAGCAAGUUGUCCAUGGAAAGCAUUUAUUUAUUGGGAGAAAACUGAACUGCUAGUUUGUAAAUCUUGAAUAUGAAUUGUUCUGAAGAACAGCUUAAACAAAUGGAUAAAAGCAGUUCGAGUUGUGGGACUUCAAAAUGGUGCAGUAGCUUCAAAAGUAUUAAAAUAAACUUGGGGAAGUUGUUGAUACAGCUACAGCUGGACUCUUAGCUUUGCCAACAGCGCCCCCUAAAGGUGGAGAAUUAGCACCCUGGC